GAGGGUCUAGUGCAGCAGAACCAAACACAGACAGAGCCAAACAGACACGCACAGACUAACGAACACACAGAGCCUGAUGCACACACACAUACACGGAGCUAAUCUGUGAUAUGAGUGUUCGAGGCCAGAAUCCGAUUUAAAUCACACAUCCACCUGCCAGGGCGCAGAGCCCCGUGGCAUUCAGUGAGCCAGGGAGUGUGUAGCGAGAGGCACCGGUGGCUCCCCGCUGAAAUUGAGCAACAUGUCCAGCAGCGCAAUAUCGGCGAUCUCUAGCGGAGAACCCCCCAGCGGGGGCACCAAGGGUUUCCUGCCCCCUGAGGGGGGAUCCCGGCAGCAAAAUGACAGCCCCCGGGACAAGGUGCGGUUAAAGAAGAAAGUGACUCUGCUGAGAGGAAUAUCGAUCAUUAUCGGCACGAUCAUCGGAGCGGGCAUCUUCAUCUCUCCCAAGGGAAUCCUGAAGCACACUGGCACCGUAGGGAUGGCCCUGGUUAUGUGGACCGCCUGCGGGAUACUCUCGCUUUUCGGAGCGCUCUCCUAUGCUGAACUUGGAACAAGUAUAAAGAAAUCAGGUGCUCAUUACACAUACAUCCUGGAAGCCUUCGGUCCACUACCAGCUUUCAUUCGAGUCUGGGUAGAACUCAUUGUCAUACGACCUGCAGCCACUGCUGUGAUAUCAUUAGCCUUUGGCCAGUACAUACUGGAGCCAUUUUUUAUGCCCUGUGGAAUUCCAGAAAUUGCGAUCAAAAUGGUCACCACUAUUGGCAUCACUGCGGUAAUGUACAUUAACAGUGUGAGCGUCAGCUGGACUGCACGGCUACAGGUCUUUUUGACAUUCUGCAAACUUGUUGCCAUUUUAAUAAUCAUCUUCCCUGGAAUGGUGUCUUUAUUCAAAGGAGAAACACAACAUUUCAAUCAGCCAUUUCAAACAAAAGAAUUUAACCUUAUGGGAGUUCCUCUUGCUUUCUAUUCUGGAAUGUAUGCAUAUUCUGGAUGGUUUUACAUGAAUUUUGUCACAGAAGAAGUAGAAAAUCCUGAUAAAAAUAUACCUCUCGCUAUCUGCAUAUCAAUGGCAGUUGUUACGGUUGGAUAUGUGUUAACAAAUGUAGCUUAUUUCACCGUAGUGAGUCCUGAGGAACUUUUGGCUUCUGAAGCAAUAGCUGUGACCUUUGCAGAGCGAUUGAUGGGCAAGUUCUCCAUAACAGUACCAAUUUUCGUUGCUCUUUCCUGCUUUGGGUCGAUGAAUGGAGGUGUCUUCGCAGUUGCCAGAAUGUUUUAUGUUGCUUCACGAGAGGGCCACCUGCCAGAAAUACUGUCCAUGAUCCAUGUUCGUAAACAUACACCUCUUCCUGCUGUUAUUGUGUUGUACCCUUUAACUAUCUUCAUGCUGUUUGUGGGUGAUAUUUAUAGUCUGUUAAACUUCCUGAGCUUUGCCCGAUGGCUCUUUAUUGGAUUGGCCGUAACUGGUCUGAUAUACUUGCGAUACAAGCGUCCAGACAUGCUAAGGCCAUUUAAGGUGCCUUUGUUUGUCCCAGCUUUCUUUGCCUUCACCUGUCUCUUCAUAGUGGCACUGUCACUGUAUUCUGAUCCCAUCAACACUGGCAUAGGAUUUAUCAUCAUUCUGACUGGUAUUCCUGCGUACUAUUUGUUUGUGGUCUGGGACAAAAAGCCAGAGUGCUUCCAAAGAAUAAUGUAUUUAAUGACCACAACAGCCCAGAUCAUUCUUCAGGUAGUGCCUCCAGAAAAACAUGAUGACUGAUGAGCUCCACUGAUGGGACUAGCUGCUGAUUGAAUAUGAACAUUGUCAGACUACAAAUUCAAAGAAAUGCUUGGUCAUUUCAACAAAGGCAUCCACUGGAAUCCUAACUUCUUCCUAACACUUACAAAAGUCAUUCUAGGGCGUCUCUGAGCCCCUGAAAUCCUAUGGUGGCGAAUUCCUCUGGUCUUUUGCCGGAUGGUAGACUGCACCAACACGGUUGUUUAAGCCGUUUCCCCAGGUUGGGGCUGAACAUCCACGGACGUUUUGGCAAGAAACCAGAAGAAACCCUUGCCAGGAUUUCAGAUCCAGGAUAUUUACUAUUAGCUCUACAAGUGAUGUACUGAGUGUUUUUCUAAUAAUGAGGUUUGUAUUUAUUGAAGUAGUAUCUCUUUUCUUUCUGAGUGCUUGUAAAUACGCGAACCAACUGUUUGUUCUUUUUGUAGAAACAUGAAGUCACUUUGUAUGUAAAGUAAUGCAGUUUUGCUGCUGGUUUGAACACACCUUUCUUUUCUGAGAAAUGUAUCGGCAUGAUUGAAUGGUGGAACAGACUUGAUGGGUCGAAUGGUCUAAUACUGCUCCUGUGUAUUAUGGUGUUUUGAUUUCAAAUAAGUAGAUUAUGGUAGCGGUGUAGUGGUAAUGUUACUGGUUUAGCAAUCCAGAACAAAAUACUCUGAGAAUGUGGGUUUGAAUCCCACCAUGGGGCUGAUCAUUGUUGGCCAUUUUCUUAAAGAUAUUUUCCAAUCAUUCUGUUCGUGGAUCCCUUCUGUAGUUGGUGAGACUUGAUCACAGGCCUUCUGGCUCAGAGGUGGAAUACCACCACCUCAGAAAAAGUCUGGUGGGAUACAUGUGGGUACUGGAAGAUACGUCUUCAUUACCUUUGGGUUAGUGUCUGGACAGGCAUGAAAAAAAUGCAAAAAUAUCACGGACCACUGUAACAAUUGUGAAGAAAGGGAGUGAAGGCGGUAAUUUGUGAAUUUACGCUUGACUAUAUUUAUGGGUACAAGCAUUGUUUUCAGGUCAAAGGAAUCAUGACGUGAGUGGCCAAGUUCUAGAUAGUGUAACAGCUACAUUCCAAUAAAACUUUUAAUCAUAGAAAUAGGAAACAAAAGUGCCUUUUUAAUUAUUUGUCGGAAUUUAAUGGAAGGGAAAUUCUGAUUGAAAGUUGAAUAGUGAGUGAGACAUUUGUUCAUAAAGAAGUGGAAAUGUUAUAAUUUUUGAAGAAAAAGAUUCAAUGAUGUUGUACCAGCAUUUGUACUUAUCUUCACCAGAGUGCUGAUUAGUUCGGAAAUGCUACAAGCAUUUUCCAAAGUGAACGUUAUUGAACAAAAUAAAA